GGCAGGCGGCUGGGCGGGGCGCGCUCGGGCCUCAGCUCCUCACGCGCCGCGCUCGCAGCCCAGUAUCCCGCGGCGCCGUGAACCGUGGCGGCGAGCGCAGUCCGUGAGCAGAGGCAGCAGCCGCAGGAGGAGGCGCAGGCGCUCAGGUUUCUCUGUCAUUCACAGAAAAAUGGAUCAUUUAAACCUUUGGAGGACUCAUUUAUCACAAUACUUCUACGCUACCAACUAAGAUUUACGACAGUAAAUUUAUGAUAGUAAAUUUCUGCAUCAUAGAAUUGCUGAAGAACUGAAAGGAUAUUCUUUUAUAAAAAUAUUCUUCUAGCACCAUGAUAUUACUAAAUAAAACCAAAAAGCACAAUCAUUAAAUUAUUAGACUUGCUAAUACAAGCACACAUGUGCAACAGCUACUGUAUCCUGACAGUUACCAAACCUCAAAUUUAAAUUGUUUUCCUUCGUGGGAAAGGUCAUUCUAUUUGCAAGAAACCACUGAACGUUGUCAAAUGUAUUUUCUUCAGCUGAGCGUCAUUUAGGAGAAUUUACUUGAAGCAAGUUCUAGAAAAUUCCAAGUCCCACCACUAAGUGGAGUUGAUAUUAUGGCAGCAACUUACAGACUUGUGGUUAGUACUGUGAACCACUACAGCAGCGUGGUGAUAGACCGGCGUCUCGAGCAAGCCGUCCAUUAUUGCACUGGGACCUGCCACACCUUCGCACAUGGAGUGGACUGUAUUGUGGUGCAUCACAGUGUCUGUGCAGACCUCUUACACAUCCCUGUGUCGCAGUGCAAAGAGGCAGAUCUGGACUCGCUGUUUCUACCCCAUGAAAACGGGUUUUCCUUAGCUGAAAGUGACUAUCCCCAUCAGGCCCUCACAGGCAUACCCAGGGUCAAGAAGGGAUCUACAUUUCAGAACACCUGUAACUUAAAGGACAUUGCAGGAGAAGCAAUUAGUUUUGCCAGUGGGAAAAUAAAAGAAUUUUCCCUUGAAAAACUCAAAAACUCUAACCAUGCAGCUUACAAAAAGGGAAGGAAAGUUAAGUCUGACUCAUUUAAUAGGAGGUCAGUUGAUUUUGACUUGCUCUGUGGCCAUUAUAACAAUGAUGGCAAUGCCUCGUCUUUUAGUUUACUCCGGAGUUCUUCACUUGAGGAAAAAUCUUUAUCCCAUAGACACUCACUCGAUAUGAACCUGACUUCAAUGUUUCUUCACAACUUCUCUGAAGAUGACCUGGUUACUCAGAUUUUGGAAAAACAUAAAAUAGAUAAUUUUUCUUCUGGAACAGACAUAAAGAUGUGCUUGGAUAUCUUGCUGAAAUGCUCUGAGGAUUUGAAAAAAUGCACAGACAUCAUAAAACAAUGCAUAAAGAAAAAAUCAGGGAGCGGCGUCAAUGAAGGUCACGAUGCAGUUUCUAGCUCUGAAACAGUCUAUAUGAAUGUAAUGACCAGGUUAGCAUCCUAUCUGAAAAAACUACCGUUUGAAUUCAUGCAAUCUGGGAAUAAUGAGGCUAUAGAUUUAACGGAACUGGUCACUAAUAUGCCUAGUUUACAACUGACUCCCUUCUCCCCAAUAUUUGGCACUGAACAGCCCCCUAAAUAUGAAGAUGUUGUCCAGCUCUCAGCCCCUGACCCUGGACAGUUUCAAAGUAUAGAAUUGCAAGAUGACAAGCACAGUUCUAAGAAAACAGACACUGUAAAAUCCUUUCCAAACAACUCUACAAAUUCCUUAUAUAACUUAGAGACAAGUGAUCCCAAAACUCCAAAAGAUGUCCAGCUGCAGUCACGGUCAUUAACCAUGAACUCUUUAGAAAAUGUUUCUUCUGGCAACCUAAUGGAAACCCUUUAUAUUGAAGAAGAGUCAGAUGGAAAGAAAGCAUUAGAUAAAGGACAAAGGACAGAAAAUGGACCCAGUCAGGAGUUGUUAAAGGUCAGUGAAGAUAGAGCAGAAUUUUCAGACCAUGGUACUCAUCUUAAAAAAUGUCCUGCCUCAAUACAAAAUGAAACUGGUAAGAUAUUUGUGAAACCAGUUAUUAAUCUACCUAAGGAGGAUCUUAAAUCAAAAGUUCCUAAAGUCGAAGAGGGAGACCACAGACAUUUUAUAAAUUCUAACAGUCAGGAAGAGAUAGAUAAAUUGCUAAUGGAUUUGGAAACUUUUUCACAGAAAAUGGAGACCUCUCUAAGAGAGCCACUUGCCAAAAGUAAAAGCUCUAACUCGCUAAGUAGUCACAGCCAGUUGACUGAUCAGCUCUCUGUAGAUCUUGAAUCUAAAUCUAAAGUCUCUUCACCCACGGAAAAAGUCUCACCUGCCUGUCUAACAAGGAUUAUUGAAACCAAUGGACACAAAAUAGAGGAAGAGGAUCGAGCCCUCUUACUGCGAAUUCUAGAAAGCAUUGAAGACUUUGCUCAAGAACUAGUUGAAUGCAAAUCAGGCAGAGGGAGCCUAUCACAAGAAAAGGAAAUGAUGCAAAUUCUACAAGAAACUUUGACAACUUCCUCCCAAGCCAAUUUACCAGUUUGUAAAAGUCCUGUUGGUGAUAAAGCCAAAGAUACUACUUCAGUGGUUUUGAUUCAGCAGACCCCAGAGGUGAUCAAGAUUCAAAAUAAACCAGAAAAGAAACCUGGAACACCACUUCCAGCUCCAGCCUCCUUUCCAAGUACUCCCCAGCCUCUCUCCCCUGCUCCUCGUGUGAAUAAUGUGAAUGCACCGUUGCCCAUAAACAUUCCGCGGUUCUACUUUCCUGAAGGACUCCCCGAUGCCUGCAGUAACCAUGAACAGACCCUAAGCAGGAUUGAGACUGCUUUCAUGGAUAUUGAAGAUCAGAAAGCAGAUAUUUAUGAAAUGGGGAAGAUUGCAAAGGUCUGUGGCUGUCCUCUCUACUGGAAAGCCCCCAUGUUCAGGGCUGCAGGGGGAGAGAAGACAGGAUUUGUGUCAGCACAGUCAUUCAUUGCCAUGUGGGCAAAGCUGCUGAAUAAUCAUCAUGAUGAUGCCUCCAAGUUUAUCUGUCUUCUAGCAAAGCCCAGCUGCAGCUCUCUGGAACAGGAGGAUUUUAUUCCUUUACUUCAGGAUGUGGUGGAUACACACCCUGGCCUCACGUUCCUGAAAGACGCUCCAGAAUUCCACUCCCGCUACAUCACCACGGUUAUUCAGAGAAUAUUCUACACAGUCAACAGAUCUUGGAGUGGAAAAAUUACUUCAACAGAGAUAAGAAAAAGCAAUUUUUUGCAAACGUUAGCCCUUUUGGAAGAAGAGGAAGAUAUAAACCAAAUCACAGAUUACUUCUCCUAUGAACAUUUCUAUGUUAUUUAUUGUAAAUUCUGGGAACUAGAUAGUGAUCAUGACCUGUACAUCAGCCAGGCUGAUUUGUCUCGAUACAACGACCAGGCUUCGUCAAACAGGAUUAUUGAAAGGAUAUUCUCUGGGGCAGUAACAAGGGGAAAAACAGUACAGAAAGAAGGAAGAAUGAGCUAUGCAGAUUUUGUUUGGUUUUUAAUCUCUGAGGAAGACAAAAGGAACCCCACCAGCAUUGAGUAUUGGUUCCGCUGCAUGGAUGUGGAUGGGGAUGGCGUACUCUCCAUGUACGAGCUGGAGUACUUCUACGAGGAGCAAUGUGAACGGAUGGAAGCCAUGGGCAUUGAGCCUUUGCCAUUCCAUGAUUUGCUGUGCCAGAUGCUUGACCUGGUGAAGCCAGCCAGUGAUGGCAAAAUAACUCUACGAGAUCUGAAGAGAUGCAGAAUGGCUCACAUCUUUUAUGACACUUUCUUUAAUCUGGAAAAAUACUUAGACCAUGAACAGAGAGAUCCCUUUGCAAUCCAGAAGGAUGUUGAGAAUGACGUGCCUGAGCCCUCCGACUGGGACAGGUUUGCUGCUGAGGAGUAUGAGACUCUUGUAGCAGAGGAAUCUGCGCAAGCACAGUUCCAGGAAGGUUCUUUUGAAGAUUAUGAAACAGAGGAACCUGCGUCUCCCUCUGAAGUUGGAAACAAAGGCAAUAAAAUAGUAACCUCAAGCCUUGCAGAGAAAUGUGGAAAGCUUCAGUCAGUGGAUGAAGAAUAGUUGCUGAUGUCUACAUGGAAGGGAGAUACGUAUUUUAAAUAUUUUUUUCUUGUGAAGAGAUGCUCUAGUUUGCAUACUGCUUUUUAAAGGCUUUGAUUUCUGCAGGUGUGUAUCUGCACUAGGAACUUGAAAACGUUUUUAAGCAAUAGGUCUGGAUACAUACUCAAUUUGGGAGAGUCCUCCAAUUUGCUUCAAACUUCUUACAGAGCUUUUCCUCAAAAGCAAAUAUAAUGAUGUACAUCACCUUCCAUAGUCUGUGAAUCAACACUCUUCACCCCUGAAUGUACCAAGGAUCUCUUGGGGACAGUGUCAAGCACAGUUCUCUGUCCAGCAUCCCUGAGGCCCCUCAGGGCUCCUAUGGAGCCCAGAAGAAACCUUCACUUGCAGAAAAUGAGUCAAAAAUUCUGGAACUUGAAAAAUCAUUAAGGGCCUCCAGAACUGAAUUAGCCCUGGUAAUAAAAGCACUGCCAAAACAUCUCAGAGACUUCUUUUAAUCCUGUGUGUACUAGAUUCAAAGAUCUUGAACUUACUUGGUGUAAUGUAUUAUUUCACAAUGACCUGCCAAACUGCUAGUCACUUUACAUCCUCAGGUAUGGUAACCACUGGGCCUUCCAACUUUGCUGGCAAGCUCUAAAUAAUCCCCUCCCAUCCUGACUGUGGAUCUUAUAUAAAACCUAGAGAGAAAACUUCUUUAAUGAAGUACAGAAGAAUUUGAUUCAUACUUGAAAAAAAGUUUCCUUUUAACUCAUCUAGUAUUUGUAGAGAAUUGUCAAAUGACGUUAUAGUCUCCAAAUUAGUUGAUGCUCCAUCUACAUUUCCUAUCAGAAAGCCUACUUGAAGACUUAUAUAACGAUACAUGGAAAUUCUUACUAGACAUAUUCAUUACUUAAUACUAGACUAGGCCAAUAGUAAAGGCCUCAAUCUAAACAUUAUUCCUUCAUGUUGAAAAGAAAUGACUACUCCAAAUAUUCCAUUCACUUAAGUGUUUAUCACAAAAAUGGAAAACAGUGAUGCCACCCAUAAAAGAAAGCUAUUUCAUGUUUACUACAGUGGUAGGUGUGUACAUUACAGAAUUCUACAUUUUUCAGCAAGUCACAAUAUAGCUAAAUCCUGCAAUAUCCUUGAAGAUAAAAACUGAAAAUAAACUACAAAAAGAAUGGAAAUUUCUGAUAGUUUAAGAAACCCCCAAGAAACUUUUUAAUACCCAUCUGUCAAACUCAUCAACUUUUACCAUGGAAUUUUUGUUUCAACCACAAGUCCCAAAUGUCAGAAUAGCUUCCCUUCCCAGCCCAUCUUGGUCCCCAUGCUGGUAUGAAGGCUAAAUAAUGAAAUAAUCAAACCUUAGAACUGCGGUAGGCAAAAAGUGAGAAAAGGAGAAUUUAGGAAAUGCACUAUCAACUGGCACUAUAAUAGUUACCAAUCCUUCUUGUCAAUAUCGUCCCAGUUUCCUGUUCUUUUACCUUCAUGAUCAGAACUGAUCUUCCAUUUAACUGUUAGAGAAAAUAACUAUUAAAACUUAGUAUUAAUAGUUCACAAAGCACUGAAAGCUUAAAAGUGACUAAAUUUUUAGGAAAUACUACAUGCAAUACCUAAACACACUGGUAAAUUAUUAGGGAUUAAAAGUAUUUAUGUGAUACAUGAAAUUUACCAUCUAUGCCAUCCAACCUUUACCAUGGAAGGAAAGCAAUUUUUUUAUUUCAGAUUAAAAAAUACUAAAAAGGAACACCUUUUUUUUAGAAGCCAGAUAUGGUUUAAAGGUUUUAUUAUCCAUAAUGAUCAAAUGUAUUUCUAAGACUCAUCAAAAAGUAAAAAUAAAAUUCAAUUUUCCAGUAUACUUUUUAUUAUUAUUUUUUUACUAUUUGACUUUACUUUUUUUACCUUGUUUCUUGUUACUAAAGUCACUUUGGUCAAUAUGUGGUUUCAAAAGUCUGUAAUUAUAAAAGUAAACUACCAACAUCAUUCCAUUUAAGAUAAGGCUAUUUUCAUUUAGGUUACCCAAAGUAUCGUAUUUUCAGACAUAAGAAUGUGUUUCACAGAAGAGUUGAAUGCAAGAAAUGUGAAUUCUGAGGAACUAAGAUAGUAUAUAUUUGACUUUCUGGUAAGAUCGUGCUGAAUAUCAUCAUUACUGCCCAACUGGAAAUUUCAAGUUGUUACUGUAUCUGCUUCCUUGAUAAAACUUGGUUUAUCAUGAUCUUAAUGCUAGUCAAUUAAAAAUGAGUUUCAUAGCAUAACAUUAAUUGCCAAGGUAAUCAAACUAAUGAAAUUCUGUGUAUUUUCCCUGUAUCUUAUCUAUGUCAUUGUGUACUGUUCAAAGUGUGUAUAAAACUCUAAAUUGAUUAAAUGAGGUAAGUCAUCUGCUCAAAUUUUGGAAAUGUUAAGGUGUGUUUGGGUAGAGAAGCCUGCAUGAUUUAACUCAUUUUUGUUUUUUCCUUUUUCCAAAACUAAAUAAAGACAAGUUGUCAAAUAUGAAUCCUGUUCACUAAUAAGAUAAUCACUACACACUUCAUUUUAAUCACACUUGCAGCUCAUAUUUAUGUUUGAAAGAGUAACAUUGUAAAUGAGCGUGAACCCCUGGGAAAACUAUCAAAAAAGAGCUGUAAGGAUAACACCUCAUAUUGAGAAGUGAUUUCCUCUGGGGAAAGGAAGGAAGAGCAAGGUUUGAGAAUAGGGGUUCACAGAGGGAAAUGUAGCCUUAUAUAUAUAUUCUUUUAAAAGAAUACAUAAUUAUUUGGGUACUUAAAAUAAUUUUUUAAAAAAGAGGGAGAAAAAUUAAAAUACUACCCAAGUAUUAGACUAAUACUUUACUUUGAGCUUAGUAUUUUCUAAAGCAUUUUACAUUUGUUACCUAUAAUGUGGGAAAGGAAAUUUUAUUUUUCUUCUAUUGUAAAACUUACUUUUCUUCCACAAGGUCACCACAGAGUUGUUAAGAAAACUAAGAACACAGUCCAUUCUUUAUCCUAGAACCAAAUUACACCUCUGCAUGGAAAUGUACACUUAAUGAACCUAACAAAAAAGAUAAACUAUCAGCUCUAAAACUUCUGUAACAUAUGGUGAAAGAUCAUUUAUGUUAAUAACAGACUCAAAAAAGAAGAUGCGUCAUAUUAAAUGCUGUUAUUGUUUUGGUGAUUUCAAAUCCUAAUAAAGUAAAUCCAGUUACUUCAGCAAUAAUUUCUUAAUCAUCCCUAGUUAGCCACUGGUGAGCAUUCAUAAAUAAUUCCUGGUAUAAAGAAAAACAAUGUAAAAAUCAAGGCACUGUAAUUAAUUACUCUUCCCCAAAUGUAUAUAAUAUAGGCCAUUCAGAGCAUGCUAUCCCAAACUCUUCAGUAUUCUACAACAUAGAAUUAGAAAACUAACAUUUAUUGAUAGAUUUAAGGUAUAAUACAGGUUUCCAAAAAUGUGGCAGUGAGAAUAUCAGCAUAAAAAAGAGAAACUUGUGCUAAAAACAACCUGAAUUCAUCAUUGGCAAUAUUACAUAACAAUCAAGGCCCUCACAUACUAAUGAUUUCCACUUUGUCUAUAUUGCCAACCUCCCAUGCAUCAAAAAACACAAAACUAAGAUUAUCAAACUUGGGAAGCAAUAAAGUACUCUAUGAAUUUUAAGAUCAUAAUAUUAGGAAAGUUUGAGAGAUUUGCAAAAUAUAUCCUAGUCACCCAUGUAUACAAUCUCAUUUCUAGUUAUUCUGCAGUAAUCAUUAGUGAAUAAAGAACAGAUUUACAAGUUUAUAUAGCAGGGCAUCUGGGUUCAACACAAAACUCUUACAAACUUUAGGCAAAUACAUGUUUCAUAAGACACUGCUAACACUUAGAGGAAUUAAAUAAAACUCCAAAACUUGGAAAGCAAAUAAAGACAAGACAACUAAGAAGCAUUUUCCACCAUUUACUCUUGUUAUCAAAAAUAGUUCAACUCUUCUUGCAAAACAAAACAAAAUAGUACAUACUGGACACAUACAUCACAUUUUUCUUCCUAUGGCUUUAGCCCACCCCCACCCCACCAAAAGAAACCAAAAAAAAAAAAAAAAAAAAAACAAAAAAAAAAA